AGAGGGAACAGUAACCUCACUCAUUUUUUAUCACGUAUGUCUUAUAAAUCUCGUUAAGGAAGGAAGUAUUUCUUUAUUAGUUCCCUUCUGGAUUCAAGACUUCCAGUGGAAAGGAUAUCCCCAAAGAGUCUGGAAACAGAGAAUUUUAAGAAGGUACUGAAGGUAUGAGACAUAUUUGUGUGACCAGUUAGGUUAGGUUAGUUUAGGUUCGGCUAGGCUAGGAAUGACUCCAGCUACUUGGAACCAAUUUACAGAAAGGAACCAGAUUUGCUGGAACACAUGAAAUGGCAGUAAGUGUAUCACACCGCACACUCUUCACUUUGACACUUUUGAUAAUAAUAAUGUAAUUUAAAAUACAGCUUGUUGACUUUGCACUUGUAGGCCCAAAAACACCAGUUAUGUUUUAAUGCUUGUUGAUGCUUAUUCUCUUUUAUUUGUGUGUAUCUCAUGAACCUCUGCCUUAAGAUGCAGCAUCCACGUACCUCACCGCCUGAAACACACGAUGCGAUGAUUCAUUCUCUUUCUCUUCCUCCACAGUGUUUUUGUUACAACUACUAAACAGAGAGACUGUGUGGACAGUUUUUUUUAUUUUAGACUACACGAUAGAAGUAAUGUAAAUAUUUCUCAUUUGUUGAUUUUGAACCACAAUGCUGGCUUGUGUGUGUCACCCAACCCGCGCUCACAACCUCCCCGUGUCACUGGAGCCCGUGCCUAGGCCUAGGCCAGCCCACGCGACUGUAUAUACCGCCCACCACAACCUCAACACCGUAGGUCACGAUGCUUACAGCACGUCUGCGUACAGCUACGCCCCCUCGUCAUCAUCAUCAUCAUCGUCCCCCUCAUCGUCAUCCUCAUCCUCAUCAUCCAGUUCAUCCUCAUCCUCUUCCUCCUCAUCUUCCUCGAGCACCUGUGAUGAGACUAACCAAGCCAGUUCGACUCCCACAGAAAACGGGAAGUCGGUUCCUAGCAAAGAAAACGGGCGUGUGGGAUCCGCUGUGAAGAAAAGAAGGACGCACUCUUUGAACGAAAAGCGGAAAAACGUGAGCAAUAACAACAACAACAAUGACAGCACCUCCAUAGACAGGAACAACAGCUUUAGCGUGUUCGAGAGGAAAGAUUACAGCUACAUCAAAAGCGUGGAGGCCAGGGAAGGCCUACUUAAACCGCUAGUGACGACGGUUGGCGGCGGCGACAAGUCUGAGAUAGCCAUGAAGCAUAAGAGCACGCUGGAGAGAAGGAAGCCCGUGGAAAGUAACAGGCACCACGGCAGGCUCAGGGGGAAAGUGCCUCCUCCGGAGAACGAGGAGGAAAAGAAGGGAGAGAAAGGAGAGAGCAACGCCUCCAUCAAAAGUAUCCCUGGCACUAAUGGAGUUAGGCAGGAUGUCUUUCUCCCUCCCGCUAAGCUUCUGUCCAAGGUAAGGAAAUUACUGUCGGUCGGGGAACUCUUGAUGGCUAUUACGGUAAGUAUCGGACACGAGUUGUGUCACGUUUAA